CAGGCGCCGGCGGCACUUCCGGGGUCGCGUCGGCGGGGCGGGUGGGCUCCACGCGCUGGGGGUCCCCACGCCCGGAACCCCGGCCCCAGCCGCGGGAUGCCCGCGCGCGGGGCGGGCCAGGCCCUGCAGCCCUUUGCCACCAGGCUGUGCAUCCGCAGCAUGUGGAGGGUGUGUGGAUUAGAAUGGCUACCCUGACCCUGCCACCGACCGCCUGUCCUCACUUCCGAAGGCUUCCUGGGGCCCAGCAUGGGGCUGAGUAUAGCAUUCUGCUGGCACCUUGCAACAACCCACCAGGUGGCUGCGUGCCUCCAUUUUGCAGCUUUCCCGAAGAAUGGGGCAAAAAAAGCAGCGACUGUUGGAGGCACAACGGCAUCAGAGCCUAACAGAUGGAGCCCAGAUGCCUUCCACCAUGGAGCCCUGCUUGGGGCCACCUGCACCCCUGGGACCCCAGCGCAGCAUCUAUUUUUCAAGCCCCAAGAGCCACUCUGCACAACUGGGAUCUGAGUUUUUCGACCAGCCUGCAGUCCCUCUGGCACGGGCAUUUCUGGGACAGGUCUUGGUUCGGCGACUUGAUGAUGGCACAGAGCUCCGCGGCCGCAUUGUGGAGACGGAGGCAUACUUGGGGCCCGAGGAUGCAGCUGCUCAUUCGAGGGGUGGCCGGCAGACCCCCCGCAACCGUGGCAUGUUCAUGAAGCCAGGAACCCUGUACGUGUACAUCAUCUAUGGCAUGUACUUCUGCAUGAACGUCUCCAGCCGAGGGGAUGGGGCAUGCGUCCUGCUGCGAGCGCUGGAGCCCCUGGGGGGCCUGGAGACCAUGCGGCAGCUUCGCAGCACCCUCCGCAAGGGCGCCGCGGGCCGAGCCCUCAGAGACCGUGAGCUGUGCAGCGGCCCCUCCAAGCUGUGCCAGGCCAUGGCCAUCGACAAGAGCUUCGACCAGCGGGACCUGGCCAAGGACGAGGCUGUGUGGCUGGAGCGCAGCCCCCCGGGCUCCAGGGAGCCGGCUGUGGUGGCAGCAGCCCGAGUGGGCAUUGGCCAAGCAGGAGAGUGGGCCCAGAAGCCCCUGCGCUUCUACGUCCAGGGCAGCCCCUGGGUCAGUGUGGUAGACCGAGCGGCCGAACAGAACUCACAGGCCUGCUCGGACAAGGCUUUUUAAUUGUUCAAAGACCAAAUAAAUGCUUUAUGUCUGGAAAA